GUUCAGGAAGGAGUCAGGAAGUUAGUUUCAGCUGGAGGAAACGGAGGCGAACUAUCAAAAGGGAGAUCCAGUGUAGGACAUGCACGGAGCGUUGCGCUUGGCAGUAGUGGCAGUCCCGAUGGGUGUCAUCCUGUCCCGGACCAUGGCGUGGAUAUCCAGCGGCAGAACACAUCCAGAGCUCAUCAGCAGGCUGAGGGAUCAUAGUGUGAUCCGCAGCGACCGAGUGUUUGAUGCCAUGCUGGCCACAGACAGAGGAAUCUACUCCCUCGACAAUCCUUAUGCAGACUCACCUCAGUCCAUAGGCUACAUGGCGACCAUCAGUGCACCACACAUGCACGCUCAUGCUUUGGAGCUGUUAAGUGACAAACUAACUGAAGGGGCAUCGGCGCUGGAUGUGGGUUCAGGAAGUGGAUAUCUCACAGCUUGUUUUGCAAGGAUGACAGGACCCAGUGGAAGAGUGGUUGGCAUUGAACACAUCGAUGAGCUGGUUCAAAUGUCAAUAAAAAACGUGAAAGCUGACGACGCAGAGCUGCUCAACUCUGGACGCAUCAAACUUGUAGUGGGAGAUGGAAGGCUUGGCUACCCAGACGGAGGGCCCUAUGAUGCCAUUCAUGUUGGUGCAGCUGCACCUACAGUUCCUAAGGCUCUCUUGGAGCAGCUGAAGCCUGGUGGGCGGUUGGUUCUCCCAGUUGGCCCUGACGGAGGCAGUCAGGUCCUGGAGCAGUACGAUCGGCAGAGCGACGGGACCUUUCUCAAGAAAGCUUUGAUGGGAGUGGUUUAUGUCCCCCUGACUGACAAGAGGCGUCAGUGGCCUGGAGGUGAGCUCUGACUGCAGUGUGGUUGCCCCCGCAGGAGGUGGCGUUGGUGCUGCAUCUCUGGGGCCCCAUAGCACUCCUCGUGGUUUCACUGAGCUCCGGUCUUAACGGCCACCUGCCCCGCUGAGUGGUCACCUAGCAACGUACAAGAAGGAUCUCGCUCUGUUUGCCCGACCGGAUUGUCUUCCAAGAGUGAUAAAAAGAGUGAGUGACGGCUGGACUGAUGACCUUACUCCCAGAAUCCUCUGAGUCAGUUAGAGAGCGAUAAGAAUGUGGUGGAUGACGAAGAAAGGUUGUCUGAGAUCUAAGUGAUUUGCAGUAAUUAUGCAGAAGUCAGUUCAGCUAUGAGAAUAAUGCAACUACAGCUGAAGGAGCUACAGUAUGUGUUCUUUGGAUGCUUGUGGGACGUUCAGAUGAGCGGUACAUUUGUGAUUUUGUGUGUAAUCUUAUGUGAAUGCUUUGACUAUGGAUGCAGUAACACAUCAAGAGAAACCCAAAUACAAGCCAAGGGAGCGAAGUGAACAUUUAGUAAAUUAACAAAGUAAUAUAUAUUUCGUGGUAAGAACUCCUUCUUGAUGGUUUCAUUUAUUGUAUGUUUAGGAUAUGUGCUGUUUGACAUUUGUGUCUGUAGAGCAGAGGGGGCAGUGUGCCAAAAACUGAUUAAUUGAAGCACUUAUUUUUUUUGGAACUAAACAACUAUUGAAUUAUGUGUACACUUAUACGAUUUAUUAAUAAAACCCACUAAAUUUA